AUGUGGGUAUCGCGGGUGUGUUCCGUUCACCACCGUGGCAGCCAAGGCUACUACUGGUAUCGCGGGUGCAUCCAACAUUGCCAUUACUGCAUCAACUCCAAUGGUCCAGAUGAAUGCGGUCAGCUCAAAUGCGCUGCCUAUUGCGCGAAGCGCGACAACGAUGUGUGCUUAACCAACUACAAGGCGUGGGACGUGCAGGUGCUUCACAUAGCUUUCUUCUCAGGGCGUGUCUUGAGUGAUCUGAGGUACACCUGCGAUGUGAAUUGCAAUUCCUCCGGGCGUUAUGGGCCCAGCCGCCUCUUGUUGCUCCUCUUGGGCCUUUGGUGGAUCCAGACGCUUCCGAUGCCCACUCUUCCCUCACUGCCUGGACGUCGAGUGGCGCUCAUGGGCACCUUCUUUGUGGGCCUCGCCACGAUGCUGCAGGGCUGCUGUACAGUGCCACCCACGGCGCAUUUGGAGUGGCGCCCAGAUGGGGACACCUUCAACAAGAGGACGCAUCGGGUGGUGGAUGGGAUUUGGCGCGGAAAUCCCUCGUGGGUGUGGUGGCCGGACUUGGAAUCCGAGGACUACGAAUGUGUGACGAUGCACUCAUCGAACCACUUUUGCGCGGUUUGGACCAACCACGAAUGGAACUGUGGGGAACACGACUUCGGCGUGUGCAAAUGCCAUACCGUCGCCAGCUCGGGGAAGUACUGUGAAGCAUGGAGUUGCUAUACCCUCGAAGCAGACCAAGAGAUUUGCGAGCUGAAACGCGACGACGACGGUGAGACUGUGAGUUGUUGGUAUAGUCCCUUCUACAUGAACUGGGACAGUUACAACGAGCUCAUGGAACGGCAAGCAGGCGGUGCCUUGACCACCGGCGAGAGCGCCUACCGCUGGUGGGGCUACGGUUCAGUCUGGAGCGCCGACAUCGGACGGCGAAUGCAGGAGGAAAAAGACGAAGAGCCGGCCCUGAUCAGCGAGUACAUCGACUACUUAGGCAAGUGGAACCAGACCGCACUGCAGCACGAACUGCAGAAGGCUGGCAUGAAUGGCACGGAAGCGGAAGUCAAAAGACGCUUGCAGACCGGCACCAUUGACUGGCCGCCUUUGUAUGCCUACAACCCGGCUGCGCGACAUUUGCAUUUCUGGUGGAACGACGUGUGCAUCGUCAACGGUGAUAACUUGGUGGUGGCCAAGCGGACCUGUCCCCGCUGGCGUGAGAUUGAGACGGAGAUCCAGAUGUGCCACUGCACGGCCGAGAACUACAACGGUGCCAGUUGCGAACGCUGGGCCUGCGAGGAUCGGGAUGUGGGUCUCUUCAGCAUUCUCUUCCGGACAAGGCAAUCCAUCGAUCAGUACACCGAAGGCGUCGAGUUUGAGAUCUACUCAUGCACUGGCUACAACAUCGACGGACAAUGCCAGCAAUGGGAAGGUGACAUUGAGUCCUUGGAAGAGGUCGAGUGGUCGAAGUGCUUCUGUCCACCGGCGGGCUGUCAUCAGUCUGGUGCUGUUUGGCUGUGUGAUGAAUGGGAACUCCCAAAGACGCGAGAUCUCUUCUUUGAGGCGCACAUUGGAGGUUUGAUCGCCUUCAUCUUCGCAGAGAUCUUCUGCACCUGCUUCUUCGCCAAGUCCAAUGAUGACGACGGCGAUGCUCUCUUCGUGGCCUUUGCGAUCUCUUGCUGCGGAGGCCUCAUCUUGCUGCCCUUCUUGGUGUUGACCUAUGGAUUGUGGGGGUUCCUCUUCUGUGGUGGCCUCUUUUGGGCUUUGCGACUCCUUGCUCUGUGCUGCUUCCUGUCGAUGCACAUCAAGAUACCCAAGAUGGAGCGGCCCAGCAAUCAAGUUCGCUUCCAGCGUGGAGCCAGCAAGAUUAUGGGCCGUAGCGUCCCCGUGACCCCCAAGGUUGUUGAUGAGCCGAGUAAUGAGCCGAGCAAUGAGCCGAGCAACGCCAAUGCUUGA